AUGAACUCUCCAAUGAGUAUUUCUCAGCUUAGUAAUCACCAUGCAACUGAUUAUUUCAAGAUUUCGUCUAGUUGGCCAAUGAACUACUCAGUUCCUACCAUAUCUAAGCCGGACAGUAACGACCAAAUGGUGAUGUCUGCGAAUGAAAAUAUAACCAUUGAUGCAACAAGUGGUUACAAAUUGUUUGGAGUUGAUCUGACGACUCCAACGGAAACAAAAGAUCUUAUAGAACAAAUUGACUUUUACCAAAAAGUUAAAACUUCCAAAAUCUCCAAAGAAGAAAAGAUUGAACAAAUCCAAACUCUGACAUCUUCAAAAGAUAUCCAAAGCCAGCAAAUCAAUUCGACUAGAAGUCGUAUCAAGGUUCAAAUGCAAGGUGUAGCUAUAGGAAGAGCUGUGGAUUUAACUGUUCUUGAUGGAUAUGACCAGUUAAUCGAUGAAUUAGAAAAAAAAUUUGAUCUCAAAGACGAGCUGCGUAUGGGCAAUCAAUGGGAAAUAGUUUUUGCAGAUGAUGAAAGAGAUAUGAUGCUUGUUGGAAAUGAUCCAUGGAUGUAA